AUGCGAUCCCUUGCCCUGCUCGUUCCCUUUCUCGUGCGAGCAUGCGACGCGAGUCGAAGCGACCUCGACCCGGCCGUCCAACGGCGUGCCGGAUGGGGCGAGGACGUCAAGGAUGCCUUCGUCCUCGACCCUAGAGAGGCGGUCGCCUGUCCGACAGACGCCGGCCAGCUCGAGAUGCUCACCCAAUAUUCGGGUGGCAAGGCGCUGGACGCCGAGAUCUAUGGCUGCGUCCCCGGCCUCAAGGCCUUCUUCCGUUCCCGCUCCGGCAUCGGCGCCGGCGAAUCAGAUGCGACGCCAACCUCGAGCAGGCUCCGACGAAGGUCGCGGACCUGUGCCGACUCGGUCAAGAUUUGGGGAUGCAUCCGAGGCUUCGACUGCCGCCACGUCCAGAGCGUGCUGGCCACCAGCCAGUGUCGGCAGUUCGAGUGCGGCAGCAGAUCCAUGGAAAUGCAAUGCAGCCCGCUGCAGGAAGCCGCCCCGGGCUCCGAGGUUGCCGUCGACGAGCUCAUCUUUGACGUGGAGGUGGCCGACGAAGCCGGCGCCGACGCUCUCGGUCAGCUCGUCGCCGAUGUCGGUGGUCAACGGCAGGUUGAUCUUUUCCCUCACCUCGGCCGCGGAGAGUCCGCCACCGUCGCCGUCAACAUCGCCGACGUCUUCGGGGGAGCGGUCGAGGUACCGCUGCGGACCCUGUCCAAGCUCAAGCUGCUGUACAAGCCGAUGCGCACCUCGAGCCUGUUUGCUGCCGUCCGCAUGCGCGUCCGCCACGCGGGCUCCGGCCUCUUCCUACGGUACUCCCCCAUCGUGACCUCGACGGGCAUGAAAAACUGCGAGACUCGACUGAACCCCGUCUGGAUCGGAGAGUUGCCGUUCGGGAGCUGGCGCGCGGAAUUGAGCGAGUGA